ACAUAAACAAAUGUUGACGCGGCACUUCCACCAGUUGCUGUAGCCAAACUAUCACCCUAUAGAUAUUAAGUUUGUCAAAAUUAGACGAUCAUUUCAAGCUACAGAGUGAAAUCAUAGAAGUUGCAGUUUAAUAUAUCCUAAGUUAUUGAUGGAAGUUGUAGAAGUUUUUGUAUGGGUGACUACUAUAUCUACAUUUCUUGUACAGCUGAUGGGAAUAGAUAUUUGUUUUAAGAUAUAUAAGAAAGGUUCAACAGGGGAUAUUUCAGCAUUUCCAUUUAUAGCUAACUUUACAGCUGCCAGUUUAUGGUUACGAUAUGGAAUUCUUCAAAGUCUAGGGAUGCUGAUUUUGACUAACACUUUUGGUGUUCUUCUUAACUUUGUUUACUUGAUGUUAUUUUAUUAUUUCACAUCUAAAAAGAUUCAUUUUAUUAGGACAAUAUUUAUAAAUAUGACAUUCAUAUUUUCUGUCCUGUAUUAUGUAAAGUAUCAACAAAUAGAGCUUAAAUUAGCAGCCAGCCAUCUGGGAAAAGUGUGUGCCUUAUUAUCUAUAUUAGCAUAUGGAGCACCAUUAGCAUCUUUAAAAGUGGUGAUGCAUACCAAGACAACAGAAUGUUUAUCAUUUCCAUAUAUCUUCAUGAAUUUUGUGGUUGCAUUAGAAUGGGUGAUAUAUGGACGUAUAUUAAAUGAUAUUUAUGUGCAGCUGCCAAAUUUUUUAGGUUUUUGUUUAGCAGUGAUACAGCUUGCAUUAUUUUGUAAAUAUCCAUCAAAGAGUACAUCAUUAGACAGGACAAUUACAGUGACAGCAUAGUUAUUGUUUACAGUGAAGUCAUUUUGUAUUGUAACAUAGACAUGUUUACAGUGAAAUCAUUUUGUAUUGUAACAUAGACAUGUUUACAGUGAAAUCAUUUUGUAUUGUAACAUAGACAUGUUUACAGUGAAAUCAUUUUGUAUUGUAACAUAGACAUGUUUACAGUGAAAUCAUUUUGUAUUGUAACAUAGACAUGUUUACAGUGAAAUCAUUUUGUAUUGUAACAGAGACAUGUUUACAGUGAAAUCAUUUUGUAUUGUAACAUAGACAUGUUUUAUAAUAUAAACUUGCUUUAGGUAGUAUGGGAGUAUAAAAGAAAACUGUUGAAUUUCUUUAUUCUAUGCAAUAAUGAAGUUAAUAUCGUGAUAAAUAAAAAGUAAAAUGAAAAAUAUUAUAUUAUUAAGCUUGUUUUAAAGCUAGAGGUCUUGCAAAAUUUUCAUAAUAGGAAGGAUUAUAUAUCGUGAACAACACAAUUACUAGAGGAAAAAAAAUAAUCUUAAAAUAAAUAUUUUGAAAUAAAGUAUACGUAGGAAAGAGAUUUUACUACAAGCUUAUGAAAAUUUAAAGAAAUAAAAAAGGAGGUUACUAUACUAGUUCUCUAGCUACAUAACAAAAUUGGUAAAUUUACAGCAAUAUCAUAUAAUUUAAUUAUCUGGAUUAAUUCCCUUCAAAGUUCAAAUUCUCUAUAUCUUUAGCUCUUCUGACCCAAAGGGCCAAGUGAACUUUUCUCAUCACUUGGUGUUCGUCAUCGUUGUCUGUUAAUUUUGAGAAAAAUCUCCUCUGAAACAAUUGAUCCAAAUUUAACCAUCUAGUUUUAAAAAUGUGUCUGAUUUCCCUGUGCGCCAAAAAACAUGGCAGACAUGGCUAAAAAUUAGAACAUAGGGAUAAAUUGCAAUUUUUUUCUAUUAUCUUGAAAAUCACUAUAAAUAGAGAAAUUUGAGGGCACAAAUGUUCAAAAUGUUGAGAUCUACCUACUGUUCAUUCUUGUAUGAUGAAUUUUAUCGUUUUUUUUUUCAUUUUUGCCUAUAAUCAUGAAAACUAUAAAAGAUAUACAGAAACUUUAUAUAGCAAAAGUUAUCAGCAAGUCAAGAUCUACAAAUAAGACAACAUGGCAGAAAUCAUCAGACAACUCAUUGGAAUUAUUGCCCUUUAAUGACAUUGUUUGUAGUUUUGCCUAAUAUCAUACUAUAGUAGAUACAUGACACUUUAAAUUGCAAAAUUGAUCAGCAAGACAAGAUCUACAAAUAUCAACAUGACCUAAAUUGUCAGUUAAUUCCUUAUUGGAGUUCUUGCUUUUAAAAUGCAAAAUAUGGCAAUUUUUAAUAUAUUUGUCUGUAAUGGUGAAACCAUGAUAUAUAGACUCUGUAAGUAUAAAAAAUGAUCAGCAAGGUAAGGUCUACAAAUGACUCAAAAUCAUUAGUUGACCCAUUAUAGGGGUGAUUGCCCCUAAAUGACAAUUUAUUUACCCUUUUUUAUGUGUUUUGGGCUAAAAAUAUAGAGAGAAACUGUAAAUAAAAAAAAAUGAUCACCAAUAAAAGAUCAACGAAAAAGAGAUUUUUGUCAUGAAUGCUUUUCUAGUCUACAAUGUUGGAGAGAGUCCAUUGUUGAAGAUGCACAUAGACCUAGGUGAGCCACACAGGCUUUUUAGAGUCUCUAGUUGAUGGGUAAAAGAUUUUCUGUUCAUGAAAAAGGUUUUGUAUAAAAUAUAAAGAUAUAAAUGUUUUCAUUCCAAAGAAUAAUCAUAAAAAUUAUUUGUAUUUCUCUUUAAGAAUGGUAAAUUCAGUAUAAAUUUAUACCAAUUCUUUCAGGUUUAAGUUGAAUCAUUUGAGGUAUAGAUGGUGAAAAUCUAUACCAAUCUUUUUAGGUUGAAUUUAGAAAAGAUCUUUACCAAUCCUUUGAGACUCAAGAUUGUAAAAAUUUAUUCCAACCUGUGAGAUUCAAGAUAGUAAAAAUGUAUACAAACCUAUGUGGUUGAGGAUGGUUAAAUUCUAUACCAAUACUUUGAGGUCCAAGGUGAUAAAAAUCUAUUACCAAUCCUUUGAGAAUAAAGAUGGUAAAAUCUAUACCAAUCUUUUGAGGUUCAAGAUGGUGAAAGUUUACACCAAUUAUUUGAGAAUGAAGAUUUGGAAAGUCUAUACCAAUCCUUUGAAGUUCAAGGUGGUAAAAAUCUAUACCAACCCUUUGAGUUUCAAGAUGGUAAAAAUCUAUAACAAUCUUUUGAGGUUCAAGAUGAUCAAAAUCUAUACCAAUCCUUUUUUGAGAUGGUAAAAACCUAUCCCAACCCUAAGGAUCAAAGAUAGAAGUUACAGUUUUUACUUAUACUCCUGCAUUACCUUAAGAAGAGAUCUUGCCAAAAUUAGUUCACACUGUGAAUCCUUAUCAUAACACUUUCAUAUAUUACUUCUUUUUUACAAUAAUUUAAUUUAGAGAAUCAAUGUUUUUAUCAUUUUGUCUCAAUUUCCACAUGUGUAGCAUCACUACUAGAUAUAGGUACUCCAGAAUUGGUGAAAAGCAAAAAGUAUCUAUUCCUUGUACAGUAAAACACUAUUUGCCAUUCAAUUUAUCCUCUUUAUUUACAUGAAUUUCUUGUGGAAACAAUAGUAUAUUUCGGAAAACAGUGUUGUUCAAGCUUAAAUAUGAUAUAACUUUGUUCUGUGGAUUGUUUUAAGUUGAUGAUAAGACACGUAAGACAGUGAAAUAGAACUAUUUUUGUAUAGCUUUUCUUUUUCAAUGUUUAUAUUUACAUCGCAAAUAGGCCAAAAGUAGAGAUUUUUCUGAAAUUUUACACAAUCUUCCUGAUUUCAACCAAAUAUAGGCCUAGGAAACAUAGAGUGCAGGCAUCGACAAACUAAAUAUUCAAGUCAGAUAUGUAAAAUGUUAUAACAAAUUUUAUAUUAAAAAAUCUUGUUUGUUGACCCCUGAGCUCUAUGUUUCCUGUCCAAAAAGCCAAUGGAAAUUUACCAGUUUUCAUUGAAUUUUAGUGGAAAUCAAAAUGAGUGCUAUUAGUGACGUCAUGAAAAAAGUUUGUAUAUUAUCAACAAAAAGACAUAUUUCCUAUCUAGUCAUUGUAUUAGCUAUGAUUCAUUGUGAUAUUGGUAAUAUAAUCCUUAUUUGAAAUUAAAGCUAGAAAAAGGGGCCAUGAAUUUAAAAAAUCAGUGCUAAUUGAUGAUUUUAUUGGUAGCUAUUCUCUUUGAAAUUUAAGUGAUAUUAAGUUCUCUGUAGCAGUCUUGUUUCUUAGGUUAAUCCGAAGAAACUGUUCUUUAAUUUUUAUUCCUUUUCUAAUUUUUGGUGUUUUUUUUAUUUUUCAUAAGAGUUUUGGUCUGACAAUAUGGAAUUACCAUAAUUGACAUUCUUUACUAAGAGAUACUGACAGCCUGUCAGACAUCAUCAUACAUCAUAUGUUUUGCAACAACAAAAAACCAAAUGUACACUAUUCAUUUAACCUUCAAAUCUAACUCUUUUAUAUUGUUUUAUUUAGUCCCCUUCCAGAUAUUUUCUUAAUAAAGACAUUGUAUUUUUAAGAUUGUGUAAAUAUUUUUGUUGUGCCAUAUAUUUGUAAAUGUUGAGGAUGAUUAGUUUUAUAAUGCCAAGUUGAAGAUGAGAUUUUUCUCAAAGGUCCAUUGAUCACCUUGUAUAAAUAUAUUAAUGAAUAAUGCGUCUUUCACAGAAAAGCAUUUAUAAGUGCAGAAACAUAAUGUAUUUUUUUAAUCAUAACAAUCUGUUUUUAUUAAAGGCACAAUACAAGUAAAGGGAUGAUGUAGAAAUACCUACAAACUUAACCCGUUUUGGUUAUAAAACUCCAAGCAGAUAUAACUGAGCUGUAGGAAUACUGAUUGAAAUAAUUUGGGGAAAUUUUUAUUUUAUUUAUGCAUUUUUGUCUUGCCUUGUUGGCUGCGGCAUCAACAAUUUGUAAUUAAUUGUGAUUAGGUCAGUUUAAGGGUAACCGCUUAUGGUAAAUAUAUAACAAUUGGUAUGCAGUUAUAUAAGCAUUUGCCCAUUCAUUUCCAUGCAGAUUAUUAAGCCCAUCUCACUCAAUCAUGGUGUUCAUUUUUAAUUUCAACAUUUGCAUUUUGCUAUCAAAAUACAUACAGGUGAGACAUCUCUGUGUCAACAGUUUAUUCCUUUCAAUUCCUCACUAUUUCCCUACCUCUGUCUCUAAAUCAAAUUUCAUAUAGCUUUGAUUGUAAUUUAGAAUUGGUUAUAAGAGCCUAAAGGGACUGCGACCUGAAAUAGUAACUUAUUUUUUACUUUAACUCAGAUAUUUAUGUGUUUUUCCAUAGAAUUCAUACUUUUAAAAAUUUUGUUUUGAACAGUUUGGAUUUAGCUCUUACUGUUCUUAGAUGUAGUGUUGUGUCAUGGUAUUAAUGUUUUCUCCUCGGUCUUUUAGUAAAAUGUACUAAGUAUUCAUGUAAGAUGUAAUAAACUUCUUUCUUUU